AUGUGCAAUAUACCAUACAUUUAUUUAUUUAUUUAUUUAUUUCUAGUGCUAGACGACAAUCAAUGUUUAUCAUGGUCUUGUGACGAGGUUUGUGCUUGGAUACAAUCAUGGGGUGAAAUUUACUCAACUUAUAUAGAUGGCUUCAAGCGAUAUAAUGUUAAUGGAUAUCGUUUACUUCAUUUUGUUGACAAUGAAGCUCUUUGGGAGUUUGGAGUUGAAAGUUUAUUUAAUCGUCGAGUUAUUUUAAACGGUAUCGAAAAUUUGCAAAAACGAUGUGGAAUACAGUUAUCAUCAAGAAUCUCUUCUCUAAAUGACUUUGCUAAUGAAUUCGAUGGAGAUUUCGUUCCUUCUCUGUAUCUUUCGGAUAAUACAUAUCCGAAUACUAUGUCAUGCAUUCUACAACCUCUUCAAAACAAUAUUCAUUUGAAGUUGUAUAAUCGAAUUUUAAAAUGGCUUGGACCAUUACCUAAUGACAUAGAUAUUGACAAAAUAGAACUUAUUCAUAAUGCUGAUUUACAUCGAAUGUUUCUUCAACAAAUUAAGCGUACAGAACGUCGACAAAAGCAACAGGAAUUUCAACCUAAUUUGAAUGCAGAAUCUAAUCCAAUUGAACGAAAAAAAGUUCUUAAUCGACUACAUAUGUUGACACAACAAGUUCAUCAUAAUCGACCAGUUUCAGUCAUUCGUGUUUGGCAUGGAUGUAAGCGUACUAUUUUAUCCAAAUUAUUAUCAGAUGGAUUUGCAGCACUUAGCAGAUUAGAUAAGGGAUGGUAUGGUACAGCUAUGUAUUUUACAUCAUCUGCUGAAUAUGCUACAAAAUAUACAGAUCCUAAUGGUUGUUUGAUUAUGUGCUAUGUUGUUUUACUCAAUCCAUUUCCUCUCAUUACAGAUGAUGCACCACCUGAUGUAUCUAGUAGUAGUUUUCGUUUUUAUGGCAGAGGAAAUUAUUCUAAUUAUCAAUGUCAUUUUAUUCCUGUGGCAUCUGUUAGUAACGAUACAAAUUGGAACUUUCGUCCACCACCAAAUGGUGUUCAAGAUGCAAUCUAUGAUGAACUUGCUGU